AUGGCACUCAUUUCUCUCGUCCUCGCACUGCUGCUUACCUACAAUAUAGCCCUCAUUGUCCAUCGCCUUUACUUCUCGCCUCUAGCCAAGUUCCCCGGCUCCAAACUUGCAGCGGCAACAGGAUGGUACGAGUUUUACUUCGACUACUGGAAGAAUGGAAAGUACAUUUUUGAGAUUGAGCGGAUGCACAAAGUCUAUGGUCCGAUUAUCCGCGUCACCCCGGACGAGCUUUCUAUCCACGACCCCAACUUCUACAACGAAAUCUACGUUACCGAGAGCAAGCGGCGCACAAACUACUACGACUUGUAUUGCAAUGGAAUUGACUUCGAGGGCGCCCACAUCCUAACAGUCGACCAUGCCCUCCAUCGCAAACGCCGCAAGCCACUCGAGCCUUUCUUCUCCCGCAUGAACGUCCAGACCCUGCAACCAAUGCUCGCCGAGAUGACGCUCAGGUUUGAGCGGCGGCUGCGCGGCCUUGCAGGGACGGGCACGGUCGUGCGCCUGGACCACGCGGCUGCUGCGUUCUCCGGCGAUAUCAUCGCACGAAUCUGUCUGGAUAAUAUGGGGCAGGGUUGCUUUCUCGAUGAUCCGGAGUUCUCACCACACUGGUAUAACCUGAUCCACAUGCUGGUGCGCUCGAUUCCGCUAUUUAAGGCGUUUCCGGUUCUUAUACGCAACGCCGGCAACAAAACCGGCACCACCUCCCAGGCAACAGCGACCUCGCUUUUCCAUCACAUCGCGCAAAGCGACAUGCCCGAAUCCGAGCGCUCGCUCGAACGCCUCGCGAACGAAGCACAGGUGCUCCUCGGCGGCGGCACAGCAAGCACUGCGCGCACAAUCGCCUUCGCCUCGUUCUACAUCCUCGAUCGCCCAGACAUCCGCGCCCACCUCCGCACUGAGCUCGGCGAGGUCAUGGCGGACUGGCCGAGGCGUGUGCCGAGUUGGGCGGACCUCGAGAAGCUGGUUUACUUGCAGGCUGUGAUUAAGGAGGCCUUGCGGUUCGUAUUCCCUCUACCCCUCCCUCUCCUAAGCUACGGCGUCAUGCACCGCCUGCCCCGGAUCUCGCCGGACCAGCCAAUCCAGUACGGAUCCUACUCGAUCCCACCGGGCACCCCCGUCGGCAUGUCCGCCUACCUCAUGCACUCCGACCCAACCGUCUACCCCUCCCCCUCACAAUUCCAGCCACACCGCUGGCUCGGCCGCAUCGACCCAUCCAUGAACAGGAACUGGGUGCCCUUCGCCCGCGGCUCGCGCAAUUGCCUGGGGAUGAACACUCGCGGAAAUAAGCCUCUGCCUGGCGGUCUUGCAUCGGCCGGGUGGGCCGCAGAUGGAGCUGUUUGGCACGGACGAGAGCGACGUGGUGCAGGCGCAUGA